CCGCAACAUGCGCCAGCACCAAUAAACUCGCGUACCACAAACACCACCACAAACACCCAACACGAUAUACAACGGAGGACACCCUCCCCUAAUAAUGGCUUCAAAUAUGUCCCCGUUAAGCCCUACUAGCGACCGUCGAUACUCGGACGAUUCUAUCUCUUCAGCUUCGACGACGAGUCUGGUGUUUGAUAGGAUACAAGAGAAGACAAUGAUGGACGCUUCAAGAGAUAACAACGAUUCUCGAGCUCUCGAGGACGAUGAUCCCCUCAAGGAAGAGGAUGACCUAGAGACGGGUCCUUUCCUCGGUCCUGGAGCUUCGUUGCAUCGUGAACCCAUGGAUAGAGGAUUGCGACGCAUUCUCAUAAUUGUCGGCUCUGUCUUUGUCGCAGCUUGGCUCAUUGGUCUCGGCACGUUCCUCUACUUCGGUUCAUAUCAUCAUGAGAGCGAUACCGAGCACGAUCCUGAUGCUGCGACGCGAGGUUCAGGAAAGGCCGUUACAAUGGAUCAGCUCUUCAGUGGCUUCUGGCAGGCCAAGUCGCACAGUAUCAGCUGGAUUGGCGGUCCUGAUGGAGAGGAUGGUUUACUGCUUGAGGUUGGAGCUAGCGAGAAGCCAUAUAUCGUUGUCGAGGAUAUCCGCAACGAUAAGGAGACCAGGUCACCCAUCGAUACAGAAGUUAAAGCCUCCAAGUCACGAACAUUGAUGAAGGACAACUUCUUUGUUUACGAAGGAAACCAAUACUCUCCCGAAUGGAACGAACCCAGCCCCGAUCUGAAGAAGGUCCUUCUCGGCGUCGAAAAGAAGAAGAACUGGCGUCACUCUUUCAGCGCCACCUAUUUCAUUCUCGAUGUCGAGACUCAAGAAGCUGAACCGCUCGUCCCUGGCAAGCCUGAUGCUCGAAUUCAGCUCGCUACAUGGAGUCCCAAGAGCGACGCCGUAUCAUAUACUCAAGACAACAACUUGUAUAUCCGAAAGCUGGACGAUAAGAAGAAUGUCGUCAAGAUCACCAAGGAUGGUGGCCCAGAGUACUUCUACGGUAUUCCCGACUGGGUCUACGAGGAAGAAGUGUUUGGUGGCCGCAGCGCUACAUGGUGGUCUGACGAUGGCGAGUACUUGGCCUUCCUUCGCACAAACGAGACGGGUGUUCCCGAGUUUCCAGUCCAGUUCUUCAUCAAGCGACCCAGUGGUACAGACCCUGAAGAGGGCGAAGAGGCGUAUCCCGAGGUUGAGCAGAUCAAGUAUCCCAAGGCUGGUGCGCACAACCCAGUUGUUGACUUGCUCUUCUACGACGUGUCGAAGAAGGAUGUUUUCUCUGUUGAUAUCGAUGGUGCAUUUGCAGAUGAUAAUCGCAUCAUCAGCAAUCUUCUAUGGGCGGGUGGCAAGGCUCUCGUCAAGGAGACCAACCGUGUCAGCGAUGUUCUCAAGGUCGUCCUGAUCGACGUUGGUUCUCGCAAGGGCAAGACUGUCAACACCAUUGACGUCGAUAAGAUUGACGGUGGUUGGUUCGAGAUCUCCCACAAGACAGCUUAUAUCCCUGCCGAUCCUGAGAAUGGCCGCGAUCAUGAUGGAUAUGUUGACUCUUACCUGCACGAGGGCUAUGAUCAUCUAGCCUACUUUACUCCUCUCGAUAACCCUGAGCCUAUCAUGCUUACCAAGGGUAAAUGGGAAAUCGAUGAUGCUCCCUCAGCAAUCGAUCUCGCAAACAAUUUGGUCUACUUCAUCGCCGCCAAAGAGUCAUCUAUCCAGCGCCACGUCUACUCUGUCAAGCUUGACGGUACCUCCCUCGAAGCUCUGACUGACCCAGAGACCGAGGCUUACUACGAUGCUUCCUUUUCGAAGGGUGCUGGCUUCGUCCUCCUGUCAUACCGCGGACCCAAGGUUCCCAGCCAAAAAGUCAUCUCCACACCUUCGAGUGUCUUUACCUACGAGCGUGUCGUCGAGGACAACUCCGAACUAGCCGAACGUGCCCGGCGCCACGAGCUUCCUGUUAUGCAAUACGGCACCCUCGAUCUUGGUGGUGGUGUUGAGGUCAACUACGUUGAGCGACGUCCCCCUCACUUCGACCCGAAGAAGGAGUACCCUGUCCUCUUCCAGCAAUACUCCGGUCCGGGCUCUCAGUCUGUUACUAAGAGAUUCUCAGUUGACUUCCAAGCCUACGUCGCCUCAGCCCUUGGCUACCUAGUUGUCACUGUUGACCCUCGAGGCACAGGUUUCCUCGGCCGCAAGCACCGUGUAGUAGUCCGCUCCCAACUCGGUGUUCUGGAGUCGCAAGAUCACAUCGCCGCUGCCAAGUCCUUCGCUUCCCGUCCCUACGUCGACGCCGAUCGCCUAGCCAUCUGGGGCUGGUCUUACGGCGGCUUCACCACCCUCAAGACGCUUGAGCAAGACGCUGGACGCACUUUCAGCUAUGGCAUGGCUGUCGCUCCUGUCACCGACUGGCGCUUCUACGACAGUAUCUACACCGAACGUUACAUGCGCACGCCACAAGAGAACGCUGACGGCUACGACAUGUCCAUGAUCGCCAAUGCCACAGCUCUCGGCAGCAACAAGCGUUUCCUUCUUAUGCAUGGUGUUGCCGAUGACAAUGUCCACUUCCAGAACUCACUCACACUUCUUGACGAGCUUGAUCUUGCAGGUGUAGAGAACUAUGAUGUUCACGUUUUCCCUGAUAGCGACCACAGUAUUUUCUUCCAUAACGGAAACCGCAUCGUGUAUGAUAAACUUCGUAAUUGGCUUAUCAACGCCUUUAACGGCGAAUGGCUCAAGAUCUCUGACCCAAAGCCUCAUAAGGAUGGUGUCGAGAAGGAGAAGCGUGAGAUUGAUGGAGUGUCUUUGGUUUAGAAUAGCAUUUUGUACCAGUGUUUCUUUUUGAAUGUGUCUGGAUUGCAUUAUGGCAGAUUAACAGUAUCAUCAUGGCGUGUCACAGCGUUGCAUUAAAGAGACAGGAUAACAAAGACAAAUCAAUGUACUAUCAUACAACAUACAGCAGUCCGACAGAAUACAUGCGUCUGACUGCGAAAUUUAGUAUCAAAACUUCGUCCUCCAGUCUACCACAAAAGCCCUUGAGGUCAA